GUGUAAUAGAUAAUACAUAGAUGAAUUGUUGAAGAAAGGAGGUGCUGUUGAUUUUUCCCUUUUUGUGGUUUUGAUUUGUGAGGUGAGGAGGAGACUAUGCAAAUUAGGACCGAGUCGAUGCAAAUCACGACGGAGUUGGAGUCAGACUCAGACUCUGAAGCUGGUGCUAUAUGGAAAGAAAUUGAGGCUUCAGAGAGCUUCCUUGUUUGUUCUAUGUACCAAGAAGCCGCAUCGUUGGCAUCCUCUAUUUUGGAACGCUUGCGUCAUGGCUCCCUUGCAACUCUAGAUAUGCUGGAAUCCACUGCCAUGGUGCUUCUCCAGGCACUUAUCCACCUUCCCAGGACUCAACACAUUAUUGAUCAACUUAGACUGCAUUUCAUUUCAGUCAAAGCUAUUCCUCCCCGUGUUCUUCUUACUGGAGCUUGUUUUCAAAUUGCACAAGGUUCUGGACUUGGUGUUCAAGAAUUUGUCGAGGAUUUCCUUAAUGGAUGGAUUCUUGAAGAGGCAAGAUAUUGUGCAGUCAUUACAGAGAAUGCAGAGGAUGGAAGUAUAAAAGAAAGACACAUAGUUCUUGAAAUUAAUGAAUAUUUGGAAGUUGUCGAGCUUUAUGGCAUCACACUUCUUGCAACAGUUCGAAAAGACAUAGAUCUGGCAAUCUCCUGGGUUGAGAAUGCUUCAUUGCCUGAGGAAAAUCGACAGGGACUUCUAAGAAGGUUACGUUCCAUGCAUUCUCCUGAAAGUACUAUUCUGUCACAACCUUUUCCUCAGUCACCUACAAAUAGAAAUGAAGAUUAUUCUUUGAAAGAACGAAAUAUUUCUGAAGGAUUACCUCAAGCCUUCAAAACCAAACAUCUAAACAAUGAAAAGGAUAGGUCCAAGAAUGCUCUUAUAAAAUUGUCUAAACAAAUAGAAGCAUAUUUCUGUUGCUUCCGUGGUAUCCAUUUGAAGAUUGGCUCUACUAAGUUUGUCAUAACUAGUGGGAAGAUCAUGCUUGGCUGUUUACUAGUGUUCAUCUACUAUGUUUUCAGAAAGAAGCAAGCCACUAUAAAAAGGAUUUUAAGAAGACAGGCUAUCUCCGCAAAGAGGGCUUUGGUAGAUUUGUGGCAGCUUGCAUUUUCGUACCAAGUGAAUCCUCUGGCAGCUGUUCAACCUCCAUCUGUUGCAACACGUCAAGGUCAGUGAGGCCAUGAUGGAAUUGUUGACCGAUCGAGCAUUUCCUUAAUCAGAAGCUUGUCAUAACGUAACUGAUCCUCAACCAAAGUUUCAUUUAGGCAAAUAUUGUUUGAAUAUGCGCUACAGUAUGCUAAUCAAUUGAACCUUUGGAUAAUAAUAUAUGUAACAAUGUAGCACCACCCAACCUUCUAUUAGCACAAAGUUUUCUUAAUU